AUGGUGAAAUUGAGAUGUCCAUUCCCAGAGUGCAAUUGUGCCAUUGUUGACUUUGAUAAAAGCCGGAGCGCAACGGUGUGUCCUGAAAUAUGCAGCGAUCUUAAGUUGAUGCUUCCCUCGAGCGAAGCGUCAUUUGACGGACUUUUCUCGGUCUUCGAAGACAUUUGGGACUUUGACAACAUUGGAGUUUCCCGUGCGGUCCCUGACGGUUUGGUAAACAUUUCUACUGCAAAGACUGCUGACGAGCUGCAAUUCACUUUCCGCAACAAAACGUAUCAACUGCACAAAUUACAAAAGUACCUGAUAUGCGCCGAUUGCGACCGCGGGCCGCUUGGUAUGACCUACGAGGUAAAGAACACCAGCGACAGUGACGAAAUCGCUGUAUUGAACAUGCUCAGUCUUGCUAGCGUCAAACAACUGGAAUAUUGA